CUUAGAGAAUGUUAAUAAAUAUAAUGUUGCACUUGUUGCAAAAAAAAAAAAAAAAAAUUAUGGAGAAUAGUUUAACGGCCAGGCCCAAGAUUCAAUCUUGAAAUCUAACGGCUAUAAACGAACCACUCUCCCUCAACUACACCAACUGCUGUCACUGCAUUCAAACGCCGUGUACCCUCUUGCAGUGAUCGAUUACAGGAGAAACGGAAAUGGAAGAAGACUUGGAGAAGGAUCUGCUUGCCUUGAGAAAAUUGUACGGCCUCCUUCAAACCACCGGAGAUGUAACUCUAACGAUGGACGAGGGAAUGCGACUUCUGUUGAAGAAUCUGUUAGACUCUGCAAGAGACAACUUAUUAAACACCAAAUCCCAGAUCAUAGCUUCAACACAAUUGCACUCCAUGCAGAAAGAGAACUCGACAAAUUUCCAACCAAGUAUAUCACCAAAUACAUGCAAGGCUUCUACUCCUGCACUUCAUUCAAAUUUCUAUAUGCAUGAUUCAGGACAAUUACAUGACCAGUCCCUCGCUGAGAAUUCGCCUGAGCCCUCGUCUUCGCCGGCAGUUUCAGAGCAUUCUGGACACGGUAUUUCCUCGCGUAGACCUCAAAACAGAAAGAAAAUUUGCCGAGUUUGUCAGCGAACCAAUCUCAAGCGGCAGAACUUAACUGACGCUUGCACAGAUGAACUCUACUCAAAUUUCCAUAUGCAUGAUUCAAGAAAAUUAUGUGAGCAAUCAUUUGCUGAGAAUUCGGACUCUGGGUUUGCUAUAUCCUCACGUAAACCUCAAAACAGGAAAAAAGUCUGCCGAUUUUGUCAGCGAAAGGAUCUCAAGCAGCAGAACUCAACUAACACGCUCAAAGAUGAACCGGGGUUGAUUGGACACGCAAUAGGAUUUUCCGAGAAAUUGGUGGAGCAAAAGAAUAAGGGGCUAAAAUCAAAGACCGGAAAUGAAAAGCAAAGACAGAGAGGAAAGUCGGAAAUGCCACAACUUUCAAGUCCAGCCAGUUGUUACUCGAGUUCUUGUAAGGGGAUUCAGAUUAAGAAUCCAGAGGAUACAGAAGGUGAUUUCUCUAAACAAGUGUCUAACUCAAUCAAACUUAUUGAAUCUAGAAUUUCGACUUUGCGCCUUUCUCCUAGUUGUGUGAAUCCAAAAAAAAUUUUCGAUCGUGUAGUGCAAUCAAAUGACGGAGCUAUUACGAGUGGAUUUAAUCAUAAUGGUGAGUCUAGUAAAGAGGAUUGGUGGGCUGAGCAGAAGGGAAAGCUUCAAACAAUGGGGACUACUGAUACUCGCGAACAAAUGCGAAUGAGCAAUCGCAAUGCCAAGGUUGACCAAGUGGUUGAGUCGCCAUCCUCAGGCCACUGUCAGAACCUGAAGUACAUUGCGCCGCUAGAAAGAGCCAUGCCACUUAGUAAUGUAGCAAAUCAGGAUAACGAAUCUCCAAUGUAUCGGUAUGUUCAUGGGUUACGGAUCCCUAUGAGUGAAGAUGGCCCCGAAAGUCACACUAUGAGGAUGAGGAAGAAGCUAUCCAGACAGAUAACCCAAGAAAAUCCCCUUCAUGAUUCAAUGACUCGUGUAAAGGAAGGCAUUGGCAAGUUGGGGAGAUCCAAAUCAUCUAUGCAAUCUAAGCUAGAGGCCUCCACAGCACACAGCAGUAAUAAAAACCUGGUUCAUCUACUUCACAAACCAACUCUGCUGGAUUAUGAGUCUCCAACUUCGCAAAAUGAUGAUCGCCGGAUGAGCAGGAAGAGAGGGAUCAGCAAGAGGCCAUUUGUGGGCCUGCAGAAACAAAAGACAGUUACAUAUGAACAAGAAUCAGACCAGUCUGCCAUGUCAAGCUAUACAUCUUCCUACAGCUGGACUAGUCUACCCAACACCGAAAUAAGCACCAGCAGUAGUAACAAGUCAAGGAGCCUUGCAAAUGUGACAUCUGAAAGUAGUAUAGAGGAUAGUAACUCUUCCUCAUGUGAAAGCUCAGCAAGUUACAAGGAUGUAGAUGGAGAUCCACAUAGGGAUGGUCCUAGCAAAAUGAACAGAUCAAGUUCUAGCAAAGCAAUUGGAAGGCUGAGGAGGUUCAAGCACAAGUUAGGACUCAUAUUUCAUCACCAUCAUCAUCACCACCACCACCAUCAUAAAGAGAUUGACACUGACCGUGAUGACAGUAACAGUAAUCGCAAAGGGCAGGCACAGUCCAGAUCAAUGUGGAAGCAUCUAAACACAAUUUUUCACCACGAAUCCAAACACAAGGUAUAUGAGAAAAAAGCCGACGGGAAAUUGAGAAAAUCAGCAGUCGGUAAGAAUCAGGUUGGACAAUUUCAGGCACUUGUGCAUGGUACAAUGAGGCAUGUUAAGAAUUCAAAGAAGCAAAAGCUGUCCGAGGAUGCAAUUAGGCAUGGUCAUGACAAGAGUUGGUGGGAAAUGCUUCAGCGCAGCCAUGGGGUAAAGCUGAACAAUACAGGGCGUGCCAGGCUCCAAUUUGUGAGUAAGAAACCACAGCUAAGAGCACCUAAGAAAAUUACUUAG